AUGACCGUCCUCAACAAAGACGCUCCACCAGCAGACAUCCCGUCUCCUGAUUCACCCUCUUCAAAUGAUGCACCAGCCAAUGAUCCACCUCAAACUCAUAUAAAUAUCAAAAUAUUGCGACAAGAAGGCGCAACCCUUAAUUAUAUGAUCAAAAUGACAACACCGCUUGAUAUAUUGAUGAAAGCAUACUGUAUUGGAUCAGACUUACCUAUGAAUGGUGUCAGAUUGAUGUAUAAUGGAAGACAAGUUGGUAGGCUUGAUACACCUUUAUCUCUAGGGAUGGAAGAAGGCGAGUCUCUAUUGGCAUUUCACGACUUUUAA